GGAAGGGUGCGUGCGGGCCGCAGCUGAGAAGAUCUUCCCUGAUCCAAUUAUGAAAAGAUGUUUAGAAAAGGAAAAAAACGACACAGUAGCAGCAGCUCACAAAGCAGUGAAAUCAGUACUAAAAGCAAGGUAAGCUGAAUUUGGUGUAAUCUCUGUUUAUGGAAGCACUUUCAUUUGUUACAAGUUGACAGUUCAGUGGUUCAGUUACACUGAUGUUAGGAUGUGAUUUCCAUAAAAUGCCAUGUUCCACAGGGAAAACUUUCUACUACAAUUCCUCAGAUUGUGUUACGAGAGUUAAGAACCACUAUCCAUUGUAAAGCCCUUGUAUUCUGAGAUGAAUGCUCGAUUGCUUCCAUAGCGAAGCCCACGAACACAAGAGUUUCUGGCAGCACAUAGUAAGGUUUGGAGGAAAAAGUCAUAACGUUUGUUCUGUAGUGAUAAAUGUUGUCUUCAAGAAGGUGCCUGGUGCUAGGUACCAAGCAUGAGUUUAUUCUUCAGUACUAGUUGGUUACUCAGUAUCUCUAAAAAGUGUUCUUCAUUUUGAAUAAUGUGUCCAUUUUGUCUGAUAGGUUUUGGAAUGAUCAGUUGAAUAUUCUGGAUUUUCCAAGGUGCCGUUUCACUUCCCUUGCACUGCUAUGUUAUUUCAAGCAUUGGUGACAAGCAUGUAGUUGUCAAUUUCUUCAAGUUAAGAUGCAAUACCAGAAAAGUCUGGACAUAACUUUAAGUCUGUAGAUUCCAGUCUUGGGGGACUUUCCAGGUCUAGUACUGUGGCUAGUCUGGAUACAGACUCCACAAAAAGUUCAGGACAAAGCAAUAGUAAUUCUGAUACGUGUGCAGAAUUCAGAGUUAAAUAUGUUGGUGCCAUUGAAAAAUUGAAAUCUAGUGAAAGCAAAAGUCUCGAAGGGCCAUUGGACUUGAUAAAUUACAUAGACGUUGCACAGCAAGAUGGAAAGUUACCUUUUGUUCCAAGUGAAGAGGAGUUUAUUAUGGGAGUUUCCAAAUACGGCAUUAAAGUUUCAACAUCUGAUCAGUAUGAUGUGUUACAUAGGCAUGCUCUCUAUUUAAUUGUACGGAUGGUCUGCUAUGAUGAUGGUCUGGGAGCAGGAAAAAGUUUACUGGCUUUGAAGACAACAGAUGCAGCCUCUGAAGAAUGCAGCCUCUGGGUAUAUCAGUGCAAUAGUUUGGAACAAGCACAAGCUAUUUGCAAAGUCUUAUCUACAGCCUUUGAUUCAGUUUUAAUGUCGGAGAAGUCCUGAUUUUCUUCAGCAGCACAUGACUGUGUAGUACAAGAGGCCUUUGUGUGGGGAGGACAUGGGGCCGCUCUGCGAUUCACGGACUGGCUGGAGCCGCACAAACCCAGCAAAGACUUGCUGUGCAAAAAAGAGCCACACAACCUUGCACAUGGUACUUGAUCGUUCCCCAACCGUGACUUGAAGAAAUUAUUCCAUCUUCCAUUUCCAGGACAGUACAAAAUUUUAUAUUUAACAUAUUUUUUUUUCCUAAAUUGUGUUUUGUAUAUUAAUGUCAAUAUUGUAGAAAUGUAAAAUAAAACUGACACUUGCUUCUA